AACACUUCGAUCGUGAUCACGCGGCUGCUGGCGAUCUGCACAGGAGAAGAAGGAAAACGGAAAACUGACAGGAGCCUUAUCUCCUCGCUCGCACCCAUUUCCUCUCCUGCCCAGCUCCGCCGUCGCCACACACCCAUCUCCUCCCCUGCUCCCGGCCGGCGCCGUCCCGCCCCCAUCUCCUCCCGAGCUUCUGCCGUGCCGCGACGGCUGAUCCGGUGCACAACCGCCGUCAGCCACCUGUCGCACGACCGCCGCGUCCAUGCCCACCGCCGCUGCUCUCUAUCCACAACCUCCCACCAUCUCCUCGACUCCACAAGUCAUCGUCGGGCCAACCCCGCGCGUCGUGUGCCUCCGCCACCCCAUCCGCCACCUCUGACCACCGCCGCCGCUCAUCAAAUGGACGAUCCACCGUCGCCGCCUACUACAUCGACAGAAAUCUUCAAAAAUUCCAAAUUGUCAUCUAUUUUUGCCGUGGUUCCUGAUCAUGGUGCCAUAAUUGCGCUCAUCCUCUAUGGGGUCCAUCAGAACUGAAGUGCGUUGCUCGAUCAACCCAUUUGGUUGCUAUUCUUAAAUUGUGUGAUAUGUGGUAAUCGAAUGUACAUCACCAAUGGCCUGAGAUUGACAUCGACGUGCACCG